AUGGCCUUCAUAGCGGACCGCUUUAACUUAGAAAAGCAAGUGACAUUCUAUCUGUCGUACCACCACAACAAGAUCAAUCAGUACAUUCACUUGGCUUGCAUCUGGCCUAUCUUCAUAUCGGGACUCAUGAUUCUUGCACACACACAACCUUUGUUCAAGACGCCAGAUUUUCUAGCCUCGUUGCCAUACGGACAGUUUGUGGUGCUCAAUUACUCAGCUGUCAUGGCUGUUAUCUAUAUGCUUUGGUACAUGGCACUAGACAUAUACGCCGGCGCCAACGCCAUGGGGGUGCAGAGCAUGCACGUGGCACUGGCCAUUCAUGCUACGGCUUGGAUUUUGCAAUUUAUUGGCCACGGUGUGUUCGAACGUCGCAAACCGGCACUUUUUGAUAGUCUCGACCAGGCACUGAUCACAGCUCCGAUGUUUGUGCUACUCGAGAUUUUAUUUCCUUUCGGUUAUCGUCCAGAUCUUUACCAGCGUGUGAUGAAACAAGUUCAUAUUAAUGUCAGAAACUUUCAGGCUAAAAAGUCAGUUUGA